AUAAUGAAGUAUUUUGAGAUUUGGAAACCUGGAAAACAGGUCAGUAUAGCCGUUGCAUUCACUUGUGAAUUGUCAUUUAUCCUUUUUGGAAUCGAACAGGGAAUUGCUGGAAUCAUCAUCACUGGUGAGGAUUUCUUGAAUCAGUUUGGUAAUCCAACUGGAAGUUGGUUAGGGUUCAUCGUGUCUAUUUACACCUUAGGAUGUUUUUUUGGAUGUAUUGUGAACUUUUUCACCGGUGAUAUGCUAGGAAGAAGAAAGACAAUUGCGGUAGCUAUGUGUCUUAUUAUGGUUGGUGUCACCUUGCAGUGUACAUCAUUUUCGGUUGCUCAAUUAAUGGUUGGAAGGUUCAUCACCGGAUUGGGAACUGGCAUGGAAACAAGCUCAGUGCCCAUGUACCAGGCAGAAUUGGCAAAGCCUCAUUUGAGAGGGAGAUUGGUGUGUUCUGAAGCUCUCUUUGUGGGUAUAGGAUUGGUGUUUGCCUAUUUCUUAGAUUUUGGGUUUUCUUACAUCAAAACUCCUGUUGCCUGGAGGGUGCCUCUUUCUAUUCAAAUUCCUUUCGCCUUCAUUGUAUUGUUGAUGACGUUUACUGUACCGGAGUCUCCAAGGUAUUUGUAUUUCAAAGGUAAGAAAGAAGAGGCUAAGAGGAUCUUGUCUUAUGUAUUUGAUAAACCUGAGGAUCACCCAGAUAUCGUUAAAAAUUAUCAGGAAAUCGAAGAGGCUAUAAGUUUGGAAACCCAAGACUCGGAUUCUUCCUGGAAAGCUAUAUUCGUUGCAGACCAUGCAAGAACAAGAUAUAGAAUCUUUUUGGCUUACAUGUCAAUGUUUGCCCAACAACUUGGAGGUGUCAACAUUAUCAAUUACUAUAUAACUACUAUUUUGAUCGAAAGUGUGGGCUUAGAACACACCUUGGCAAUGAUCCUUGGUGGUGUUGCUGUUAUUUGCUUUACUGUUGGUUCAAUUAUUCCUUCGUUCUUUGCAGAUAAGUUGGGAAGAAGAAUGCCUUUGGUAUAUGGAUACGCUGGAUGUUUCAUUUGCUUUCUUAUGGUUACCAUCCUUCUCAAUUUUCAAAGUAACGCUGAUUUGAAAGCAAGUACGGGAGCAGCUGCAGUGGCUUUCUUCUUCUUGUAUCAGCUUUGUUUUGGAGCCAGUGGAAAUUGUAUUCCCUGGGUGUAUGUUCCUGAAUUGAUUCCCUUGAAGUAUCGUGCAAAAGGAACAGCAAUUGGGAUUUCCAGUAAUUGGUUGUGGAAUUUCUUCUUAGUGGAGAUUCUGCCUGAGUUGAUUUCGGCUGGUACUAGGAGUCACAAGCAGGGGUUGAGCUAUCUACCAUUUGUAUUCACCAAUUUCAUCUUCAUUUUCCAGUUUUACUUUUUCUACCCGGAGACAAAGAAUUUGACACUCGAAAAAAUUGAUGAGUUGUUUUCAGAAAACAGAACCAUUUUCAUGGGUUUGGUAGAUCAGAGAAGGUUCAGGGAAGGUAUCCUUUCCACUGCUCAAUCUGACAUUGAAAAAGGUACUACUCCUCAAUCUGACAUUGAAAAAGGUACUUCUGAACACAUUGAGAUUGAGCUGAGUGAUUAAAGAAUAUAUGUUUUAGUUGAGGAAUAUAUAAGUUGAAUAAAGGUCGAAUUGCUUAAA